AUGCGUACGUUCGCACCAUUUAUAGCAGCCUGGACCUGCCUGCUUCAAAAUUCGUGUGCAACGCCUAUCGGUAGCACACAGAAUGCUCUGCGGAUCCCAUUGGAGGAUCUUACAUCCCCAUCCUCGCCCUUACACCAACAACACGUUCCAUCCUCGAAACGGCUGCAUGGCAGAUUCCUACAUAUAACCGAUUUGCAUCCGGAUCCCUUCUACAAAGUCCAGGCGUCCACCGAAGAAGACAACGCCUGCCAUCGAGGCAAAGGACCUGCGGGUGUUUACGGCGCCGAGAGUUCGGAUUGCGACUCGCCUUUCAGCCUUGUAAACGCGACGUUUGAGUGGAUCGAGAAGAAUAUCAGAGAUACCGUUGAUUUUGUGAUAUGGACAGGGGACUCUGCACGACACGACAGCGAUGAGCAGAUACCGCGAAACCAGGACGAGGUCCUGAGCACGAAUCGAUGGAUCGCGGGGAAGUUCGCAGAGACCUUCAGUAAAUCAGACGAUCCUAAAAAUGCCCUGACAGUUCCUAUCAUCUCCACGUUUGGCAACAACGACAUCCUCCCUCAUAACAUCCUCCUCGCAGGCCCGAACAAAUGGCUAAAGACGUACGCCGAUAUAUGGGACAAAUUCAUACCCGAAGAACAGAGGCAUGGAUUUGAGAGAGGAGGUUGGUACUACGUGGAGGUAAUCCCUAAGAAGUUGGCGGUGUUCAGUCUCAACACUCUCUACUUUUUUAGCCACAAUGCUGCCGUUGAUGGUUGCGCUCUGCGCUCAGAGCCAGGCUACGAACACUUCGAAUGGCUUCGAAUCCAACUACGAUUCAUGCGAGAGCGUGGUAUGAAGGCAAUCCUUACUGGACACGUCCCUCCAGCUAGAACGGAUAGCAAACAGCUCUGGGAUGAAAGCUGCUGGCAGAAAUAUACCUUGUGGCUCAACCAAUAUCGGGAUGUUAUUGUUGGUGGUAUUUACGGGCACAUGAAUAUCGAUCAUUUCAUGCUUCAGGACAGCAAAGAGAUAAGUAUCCUUGAAGCUGCAACGUCUGGAGAAGUCAGAGGCAUGAUGGAUGACGAAUUUUCUAUUCAAUCUGCAAACGAUUAUUUGGAAGAGUUGCGGGAGCACUGGUCGGACCUGCCAAACCCUGCUGCAGCGAUCAAGGAAACCCCCACCGAGAAAAACAGGGGCAAAAAGGGGAAGAAAAGCAAGAAGGACAAACUUCUCAAAAAGAUUGGUGGUCCAUGGGGCGAACGGUAUUCACUCACCAAUGUCGGACCAAGUGUUGUCCCGAACUACUUUCCUACGCUGCGGGUUAUCGAGUACAAUAUCACUGGACUUGACCAGGUAGUAAAAGCAAGCACUGAGAAACUCGAUUGGCCUGCAGAAGAUUAUGACUUCUCGGACGACGACGAGGAAACUUACUCCGACUUCGAUGAAGGCGCAGACAAUGACCUGUCAAUCACCAAGGUACAGAAAACCAAGGGCAAGAAGCAUAAGAAGAAGCCCAAGAAGAAGCCCAAGAAGAAGCCCACGAACCCUGAUCUACUGGUUCCAUCCCCACCCUCCAAGAGCUCGCCUCCUGGUCCCGCAUAUUCACCUCAAACACUGACAAUGCUGGGUUAUACUCAGUACUUCGCAAACCUAACAUUCCUCAAUAACGUCGAUUACGUUGAUCCUGAUGUCUCUGAAGAUCACAUCGAUGCGGAAAAAUGGCGUGGCGGUAAGCACAAGGGCAAGCACCCUAAAAACAAGGUCCCCAGCCCGAAACUCUUUCAAUACCAAGUUGAAUACGAUACCUUGACCGAUCCGAUAUACAGUUUAAAAGAUAUGACGGUACGAAGCUAUAUCAAACUUGCUCACAGAAUUGGCCAAUACAAACCAGAGAAGGGAGACGAAAUCGAUGGAAUGCUGGAAGAUCUCGAAGAUGAUGUCUUUGAAGAGGACGACGCCAACAAGUCUGAUAGCUAUGAUGACGAAGUCAAUGCAGAGAAGCAUAAGAAUAAGAAACAUCACAGACAACAUGAGAAGAACAAAGUCUGGUUGGGUUUCAUCAGGCGAGCUUUCGUUGGUACAUUGGAAGAGGAAGAGCUGCACAACUUCGAGAAACCUCUGGAAAUCGAUUCGUGGGAGCAAUAUUCGGGAACGAUUGAUAUACAUGAUGAUGAGUUAUGA